AACACUUGAUCAAAAGAAUCUAGGAGGAUCAAUAAGAUCGACGUUUAAUUACAAGUUUAUGAUUAACAUCCCUUUAAAUGAAAUAUUAACCAAACAACUAAAAGAAAAUCCAAAAAAGCUCUCUCUCGAAAUACUUUGUCGUCAAACCCUAAAGUUGUUGUAACUCGUUGGAAGUGGAGGUUGGGCCAACUACUUCCUCAGUGGUGAGGAACCUCCUAAGAUGUCUUAUAUCAAUACUAUCAAACCACCAAAACCUCACUAAUAACCUAUUCCUCUAAAAUUGAUUUCUUAUUUACAUGGAGAACCCCGUAUUAUUUGAGAGGAGGAGGAAGUAAAUCAAAUGAUUAUCAAUGAAGACUUGCAGUUUGCAGUGAUAUGAAUGUUUUCGUAUGGCUGGCCGGAGAUUCAAGAUUUAAGAAACCUCAUAACAAUACAAUGUGAGUUGAAGAGGAAAGUGAAUAUGAGGCUCCUUAGUAAUAAGCACAUGUACACCUAUUAUUUCAGGUUACAACAGAGAAAGAGAAUUUAAAGAACAAAGAAGAAAGAAUGCUUUCAGAAAGGGGAGACAACAACACAAGGGAGGUAUGAAUGAAACCCACGACCUCCUGCAAAAAAAAUGACGUUACUACCGGCAACAAGCUUAGAGCACUACAAGAGGAGAAAUCAGAGUCCAAAGAAGACAAUACAAAAGCCAAAGUAAAGAAAGAUAAGGCUAUAUUAGAGAAUUAAUAUGAACAGUGAUGGAAAACGAAAGACACAGGCAGAACAAAUGAAAGGAAAAAUGGAGCACAUAGGGAAAUCUAGUAGUCAAAACAGACAACAGGAUGCACAGAAUACUGUUCAAAUUGCUGAACAUCAGGAUGAAUCAAUAACGAAGGCAGAUGAUAUGGAUAAAGUAAUGGAAAGUGAACUACCCCAAAAUGAAACAACUGAUGAAGAAAAGGAACAACCUACAACCAAGGAUGAUAUACAGCAGAGGAAAAAAGUUGAGCAAGAGAACAAAUUUGACGAUCAAAGUGAAGGGUCUGCAGCACCAAAAAUUGGUUCCAUGUCCAAACAGGAGAAAAGGGAUACACAAAACAUAGAAGAGGAUGGACGUAUAGAUCUUAAUGUAGAGCAGGUGAGAAAGAUGGAGAUUUAUCACCACGAUGGAUUGAGAAACAUAAAGGAAAAGCAAAAAUGGUAUCACAACCAAUAAUACAACAAUUACAAAUGAAUAUAAGGAGAAAGAAGGGGUCCUCUUUUACUUCUAAAUAAUGAUAAAUAAAGUGAUUUUUUGAAAUAUCAGGUAUGUGAAAACUCAAAAAUCUUUUGAGAGACUAAUAGAUCUGCAUAGAAGACAUCACUAUUCAUGCAUAGCUUUAUUUGAGCCUUUUCAAAGUCCUGAUGAAAUAAAGAGGUACAAAGAAAAUUUGUUUUGCCAAAUUCUAUAGUGAAUUGCUCAGCAAAAAUCUAAAUCUUCUGGGAGGAUGGGUGGGAUGUUAAAGGUACAACAAAUUCUUUUUAGUAACUAACAAUGCAAUAUCAAAGAAGGGGAACAAAUAGGGUUUUUAGUAUAACUGUAGUUUAUGCAAGGUGUAGUGCUUUAGAGAUUAGAAUUAUGAAAGAAUUUAGAGAAUAUCUCUGAUCAAAUGCAGUGUUCUUAGCUUGUUGGUUGGAACUUUAACACAAUUAUGGAUAAGGAUGAAAAUCUAGGAGAUUCGCUGUAACUCAUCAAGAAACUAUAUACUCUGUCAGUUGUGUUAGUUCCUGUGCUUUAAAUGAAGUUAAAUUCACUGGAUCUAGUUAUACUUGGUGGAAUGGCAAAAUUGAAGAAGAUUGCACCUUUAAGAGACUAGUCAGAGUAUUUGAUAAUAGUGAAUUUAUGCAGCUUCUUCCCAAUAGUGAAGUGCAACACUUGAUUAGACAGGGAUUAGAUCUUGCGCCACUGCAUGUGAUCUGUGAUGCAUCAUCACAAGAGAAGGUGGUGAAGCAUAAAGAUUUCAUUAAUGUGGUGAAGGAAGCCUGGUCAGGGGAACUGGAUGGGUCACCUUUCACAGUAUUACAGACAAAGUUGAAAAAAGUCAGGAAUGUUUUGGCACAAUGGAGUAAAAAGACUUUUGGCAACAUAUUCUAAAAGAUUGCCACCUUGAAAGAUGUAGUGAAGGAUAAGGAAUUGGAGAUAUAUCACCAACAAAGGAAAACAAAAUAGCUUUAAGUAAAGUGGAAGCAGAUCUAAAAAUAUACCUUUAUAUAAAGGAGGAAUACUGAAAGGGAAAGGCUUGAAUGAAAUGGUUCAUUGAGAGGGAUAGGAAUAUAAAGUUUUUGCAUGCCUAUGUUAAAGGAAGAAGAGAAGAAUGCAGGUUACUGAAAUACAGAUUAUGCAAGGGGACCUGAUCAGUACCACUCAGAAUAUUAGAAAAACAGCUAAUGUGUUUAUGAAUUAAUUCAAGCAAGAUCAAGAGGGUGACAAUCUUGAUAAGAUUCAGUGUAUUCCACAAUUGGUUACUCAGCAGCAUAAUGAUCAGAUGAAGCAGGUGUUUUUUGCAUUAACUGGCGAGAGUGCUAUCUCUGGACAAUUUUCCCAGACGAAUCGGGAAAUUAUAAGUCUUAGUACUUUUGCCAACAAAAUAAUUUCUAGGUUGUUACAUGAAAAAAUUGUGCAUUUGCUGCCAAGUAUAAUCUCUCCUAAUCAAACUGGUUUUUUGAAGGCGGGAGUAUUACUGAGAAUGUGCUAUUGGCACAAGGGAUAAUAAGGGACACCAAUUUGAGAAACAAACAUCAUAAUA